CUCGCCCACCACAUCGUCCAUUCAUCAUGGCAGCGCAGCUUCCCAUUCCGGUCUACACAACCCUCAGCGACGCGCUCGGUGACCUGCAAACGGCUACCGUGCAAGCCGAGCGAUGGAACAGCGUGGUGCAAGAGUACGAACAGCGGUUUGGCAAGAAGCCCGCAUAUAUCGCGCGAGCGCCUGGCAGAGUCAACCUGAUCGGAGACCACAUCGACUAUGUCCUCUUCGGUGUCUUUCCCGCCGCUGUUGAACAGGACAUCCUCAUCGCGUGCGGCCCGUCCGACGCCAAUCCAGACGCACACCCCGGCAGCGUGGCCGCGCACAACCUCGACCCGCGAUAUGGUCCGCAAUCAUUCGCCCCGAUGUUGAAGGGCGCACCGAUCCCGUCGGCAGAGGAGCAGCAGGAGGCUGCUGGCGCGGUGCGCGCUGAGAGCUGGUACUUGGAUAUCAACAAGCGGGAACUGCGAUGGGAGAGCUAUGUCAAGGCCGGGUACUACGGAGUGUUGGACCGGUUCUUCCACCCAUCCACGACCGAUGAGCGGCCGGCUCCUGUCGAUCUCCUCGUCACUGGUUGUGUCCCUGCAGGGUCUGGUCUUUCCUCUAGCGCUGCCAUGGUCGUCGCGUCGACCCUCGCAUUCUUGGCUGUGAACGACAAGAUAUCCGGACUGACGAAGGGCCAGCUCGUCGAGAUGUCAAUGGAGAAUGAGACGCGUGUCGGUGUGAACAGCGGAGGCAUGGACCAGGCAGCUUCUGUGAUAUCGAUGCCAGAGUCGGCGCUCUACAUCACAUUCUUCCCCUCGUUGUCUGCUGAGCCCAUCCCACUACCGACCCCGCGCACGGUCCCCGGCGCUGUAUUCGUCUGCGCAAACUCGCUCGUAGUUAGCGAUAAGGUCGUUGGCGCGAAGACGCGGUAUAACCUGCGUGUGGUUGAGACGCUUGUCUCCGCGCGUGUCCUUGCCCGCCAUCUCGGAGUCGCACUUAAACCAACCGAGCGCCCUACGCUGCGCGAGGUUCUCGGCCGUUGGCUUGGGUACACCGAGGCGAAGGACCAGUCAUCCGAUCUCGAUACCGAGACGCUGAGGGACGGCCUGCAGCGUGUGCUGCCCGAAGUAGAGAAGCUGCGGCCGGCACGGACCGACGGGCAGCUGGGCGUGACAAUGGAGGAGAUGAUCGAGUGGAGCGGGCUCGAAGAGAGCGUGUUCCGCGAAGUGUACCUCUCGUGGGUUGACGUCGAGGCGACGCAUUUCCAGCUGUUCAAGCGCACGAAGCACGUCUUCGAGGAGGCGCUGCGCGUGCUGCAGUUCCGCGACGUGUGCCUGCGCGCGACGGCCACCGCAGGGGCACUCGCGGAGGGCACGCUACGCGAGCUCGGCGCGCUGAUGGAUGCGUCUCACGAUAGUGCGGCGGUGUUGUGCGAGAACAGCUGCGCGGAGGUGGAUGCGCUCGUGCGGGCCGCGAAGGACGCGGGUGCGUACGGCAGCCGCGUAACUGGCGCGGGGUGGGGCGGGUGUACGGUGUCGCUCGUGGCGGAGGACGCGGUACCGGCGUUCAUCGCGCACAUGCGCGAGGCCUACCCGCCGUACCGAGGGCUUGACGAUGGGGCGCUGAGCCAGGUGAUCUUCGCGACGAAGCCGAGUCGCGGGGCGUGUGUGUUGAAACUAGAGUGAAACGGGCGAGAAAUUCUGAAGAAGCGAACAUCACGUUAUACGAUAGUACUCUAGACGAAUCUAUUCGAAAUCUUUCCCUAG